GGGAGGGGCAGAAAAGGAACUACUGUAAGAGUUAAGAAAGUCCUGCCCAGCUGUUUGCGAACUUUUUAAGAUUUCCUGUUUCCCCUACAGCUAGAGAAAGGGAGCGACUCGCAAACGCACGUCAGAAGUACCCAAGCCGCAACUACUCCCGCUGCCUCGGCUGGGGCCUCUUUUUUUUUUUUAUCCUGCAUUUGCUUCAGAGCCGCUUCGUCCUCUUCCACCCUCGCCCCGAGUUCCGCCCGCUUCCCCUCGUCCCCCAGAGUUGUCUCGGCCUGGCUGUUUCUUAUCCCAUGUCUGCGGGCCGCCUCAGGGUGGAGGGAGAUACAAUGAGUUGGAUUCCUAAGCAUAUUUUGUUAUGGACUUUUCUGCACAGCACGGCUCACCCGCUGGGAUGGGGAACAGCUGAAUAUCGUGAACAUAACAUCUUCAGUGGUGGAUUCAAAAUGGGAAAACUAUGCAAAUUUUGUGAUGUUAAAUUGACAACCUGCACCAAUGAAGGUCAUUGUUGCAGUAACUGCAACAUCACUUCUAUUUGUGAACAUAAAAAUGAAAUCUGUGCAGCAGUUUGGAGAAAGUAUAAUGGGAACGUAACUCUAGAAACAAUAUGCCAUGAUCCUACACUAGAACUCCAUGGAUACAAAUUGGAUGAUGUCAAUUCAAAAAAAUGCUUCAUGAAAGAGAAGAAAGGUGCUGGAGGAUUGCUAUAUAUGUGUUCCUGCAAAGAUGAUGAAUGCAAUGAUGAAAUUAUUUUUUCAGAAAAUAUCACCUCAAGUACAGAAGUAAAAUAUGUGAUAGCUUUGGUCGCAGUUAUAUGCCUUGUCCCAUUGCUGGUGAUCACCAUUGCUGUGAUCAUUAUCUUUUACUUCUACCGUGUUCAGAGAAGGAGGAAACUCAACAAGGCAUGGGAGAAAAAUGUGAAGUCCAGGAAGCACAAAGACUGUAGUGACGUUUGUGCCAUUAUGCUGGAUGAUGAUCGUUCUGACAUCAGUUCUACUUGUGCUAAUAAUAUUAACCAUAAUACCGAACUGCUGCCUAUUGAAUUGGAUACUUUAGUAGGCAAAGGGCGAUUUGCAGAAGUCUAUAAGGCUAAACUGAAACAAAACACAUCAGAACAGUUUGAAACUGUGGCUGUGAAGAUCUUCUCUUAUGAAGAAUAUGCCUCCUGGAAGACUGAGAAAGAUAUCUUUUCUGACAUAAAUCUAAAACAUGAGAACAUCCUACAAUUUCUUACAGCAGAGGAGCGCAAGACAGAUCUAGGCAAACAAUAUUGGUUGAUCACUGCUUUCCAUUCAAGAGGCAACUUGCAGGAAUAUCUCAUAAAACACAUCAUUAGCUGGGAGGAUCUCUGGAAACUGGGUGGCUCUUUGGCUCGUGGGAUUGCCCAUCUUCAUAGUGAUCACACACCAUGUGGUCGGCCCAAGACACCAAUUGUUCACAGAGACCUGAAGAGUUCUAAUAUUCUGGUAAAGAAUGACCUGGCUUGCUGUCUCUGUGACUUUGGGUUAUCACUAAGGCUGGAUCCUACUCUUUCUGUUGAUGACCUGGCUAAUAGCGGGCAGGUUGGUACAGCAAGAUAUAUGGCUCCUGAAGUCCUGGAAUCCAGAAUGAACUUGGAUAAUGUUGAAUCCUUUAAGCAGACUGAUGUGUAUUCCAUGGCUUUGGUUCUGUGGGAAAUGACAUCUCGCUGCAAUGGUGGUAUCCAGAAGGUGUGUGAGACUAUUGUUGAGUGUUGGGAUCAUGAUCCUGAGGCCCGGCUGACAGCACAGUGUGUAGCUGAGAGGUUCAAUGAUUUUGAUUACCAAGAUGGACUCUCGGGAAGAAGCAGCUCAGAAGAGAAGAUCCCUGAAGAAGGCUCUGGCAACAGUGCCAAGUAACAGCUGGCAAAACAGAAGAAUGCUCACUUUUAGGUUCUCUGUGUUCAGCCUUAGAAUAAGAGGAACUUUUACCAUUGGACCUACUUUCUAUGACCCCGAAGAGCUGCCUUUUCCUCCAUCCUGCAGCUCCAGAGAACAGGAAUUUAACCAUAAUGAGCCAUGUGCAGUGCCAUGGCAUAGUAGUUGCUUCCUUAAAUGUGCCAUAAGAUAAAUUACAUUGGUGCUUCCUGAGAAAAUAGGACUAUAUUACAGUGCCAAUAACAGUUGCACUUUAUCAAGGUCUGUAUAUAAAACUAUGGAAGCUCAGUGCUAAAUAUAAAUACACAAAGCUCUGACGAGAGUCUUCCAGAAAACUUCUAAUAGAUAAAAAAUUGCAAAUGUUUGCUAAGAUACUGGCAGCAGUAUUGUCUUAUUCAUGUCACUCAAACCAUUAAAAAUUAUAGGUAACUACACUACAAAUGUUAUCAAUUGAUGCACCUUUUUUUUCAGACAAGGGGCAAAAAAAACCAAAUGGUAACUAGAAGUAUUUGGAUAUGUUUGAGCUAU